AUGGCAUCAUUGACAGAAGUUCUCGAUAGCGUGUCUUAUGAUCUGGACGAUCGUCAUAUCGGCGGCUGUUCAACCCCGCACUUCCAAUCUUCUCUCAACUACUUGUGCGCUGUUGUCAAGAUGAAGUCUCUCAUUCUCGCCCUUGUUCCUCUGGCUCUGGCCUCUGCUGUUCCUAGCUCCAAGAAGGUUGACUACAAUGGCUUCAAGAGCCUGCGUGUCACCCUCCCCAAGGGCUCUGACGAGGAUCUCGCGGCUAUCAACAAGCUCGCUGCUACCAUCCUGAACCCUGGUGCUGGUGAAGAACUCGACAUUGUCGUUUCUCCCGAGAAUGUUGACAAGGUUACCAAGAUUGCUUCUGACGCGACUGUUUUGGUUGAGGACGUUGGUGCUGCCCUUGCUGAGGAGGAGACCUCUACUGUCUACGCUGCUCCUAGCGAGACUUGGUUCACCGCUUACCACCCCUACGCUGAUCACAUUCAGUUCCUCACCGACCUGCAGACCAGCUACCCCAGCCGAUCUGAGGUCUUCACUCUUGGCAACUCUUUCCAGGGUCGUGCUUUGACUGGUAUCCACAUCUGGGGAAGUGGAGGCAAGGGAUCCAAGCCUGCUGUCGUCUUCCACGGCACCGUCCACGCUCGUGAGUGGAUCGCCACUAUGACUGCCGAGUACAUGGCCUACCAGCUCUUGACCAAGUACGCCUCCGACUCUGCCGUCAAGGCCAUCGUCGACAAGUACGACUUCUACAUCACUCCUAUUGUCAACCCCGACGGCUUCGUCUACACCCAGACCACCAACCGUCUCUGGCGCAAGAACCGUCAAACCGUCUCCGGAAACUCUUGUGUCGGCCGCGACGUCAACCGCAACUGGCCCUACAAGUGGGAGCUUACUGGCGGUGCCUCCACCAACCCCUGUGACGAGACCUUCAAGGGCCGUGCCGCUGGUGACAGCCCUGAAAACAAGGCCAUCGUCCGCCAGAUCGACUCUCUUGCUGCUGGUCGUGGAAUUUCCUUCUACGUUGACUUCCACUCUUACGGACAGUACAUCCUCUGGCCUUACGGCUAUGACUGCAAGGUCGUCGCUCCUGAGGAGACUGCCCUCUCAUCUGUCGCUGCCAAGAUCAACACCGGUAUCCGUGGCCAGUCUGGUAUUUCUUACACCACUGGUAACUCUUGCCGUGCUCUGUAUGCUACCACUGGUGACAGCAUCGACUACGUCCAGGGUGUUGCCAAGGCCAAGUACGCUUACACCAUCGAGCUUCGCGACAAGGGCACCUACGGCUUCAGCUUGCCCGCUAGCCAGAUCCAGCCUACUGUUCGCGAGACUUGGGCUGGUGUUGUUGCUGGUCUCCAGGCUAUCUAA